AUGACGCCGGAUGUAUCUUAUUUCCGGCGCCUGGGCCACGACCUCCGGUCGCUUCCGGCGGGCGGCGUGCUGGCCGUCACGGUCGGCUUUCUGCUGCAGAUCUCUCUGGGAGGCCUCUUCACCUUCGGCAACCUCACCACCUACCUGACGUCGUACUUGCGCGGGCGCGGCGGCCAGGACGUGGGCUACGGCCAGACGGUGUGGGUGGGCACGCUGAUGGGUAUGACGGAGGGCCUGGCCCUACUGCCGGGCAGCGUGCUAUACCAGCGCUACGGCCCACGCAGCGUCGUCCUCCUCGGAAGCGUGAUGGCCAGCGGCGCCAUCGCGCUGACCAGUCUCACUGUCGACUCGUCCCUGCUGUGGGUGACCAUGACGUACAGCGUGCUGAACGGCCUGGGCGUGGGGCUGGUGUACAGCGUGCCGAUGUUGGUCGGCCACAGGUGGUUCCCGGACCGCAAGGGCCUGGUCAAUGGUCUGGUGUUCGGAGGCUACAGUCUCGGCGGCAUACUCUUCACCACUGUCCAGACCAGCUUCCUCAACCCCGACAACGUGAGCCCGGAGGAGGACGGGUUCUUCCACGACGCGGCGCUGCUGGACCGCGUUCCGCUUGUGUUUCUGCUGCAGGCUGGCGUGUGCGCCGCGCUGCAGCUGACGGCUGUUCUGGGGCUGCGCAACCCACCAGCGCGGAACGUACAGGCGGAAGAAAGUUGA